AUAUUAUUAAGAGAAGACUCGCCGCCGAAGACUCGCCGCCGAGGAGAAAUUGAGCGCGGAGCAAAAACUUGAGCCGAAGGACAGAGAGAAAUCAUGCAUUACAAGAAAGAACCCUGCAGAAAUUUUCAGCGUGGCAGUUGUCAAUAUGGUGAAAGGUGCAAAUUUCUCCACGUCACUCAGCAACCACAGAAACCGAGUAACUUUGGCUCUGGGAUGCAAACAAGUUCACAGCCACAGCAAAAACCUAAUCCCUUUGGAUUUGGAGUUCAUAGUACUGGUCAAUCUAAAGCAGCUGUUGAUUCUGGAUCCAAACAAAACCAAUAUAAGCUAUAUGAUAACAAAUGGACUCGUUCUUCCACACCUACUGGAAAUGCUCCUUCUCGAAAACCAGACAAUCAGCCCGCAUCAGCUAAUCACAUAUGCACAGAUGGGGAGUCUUGCAAGCGCCAAAUUGCUGAAGAUUUUCAAAAUGAGAGGCCAUUAUGGAAACUGACAUGCUAUGGCCACAGUAAAAGUCAACCUUGUGACAUUGUUGGUGAUGUUAGUUAUGAAGAACUACGGGCGAUUGCAUAUGAUGAAGCCAAACGAGGGAUAAGCUUGCAAUCAAUUGUUGAAAGGGAGAGAAAUUUACUUAAUUCUAAGUUAUCUGAGUUUGAGAGCCUUCUUCAUAAGCCAUAUGUAACACCAUUAAAUCGUGCUUCUGGCAACCAAAGCUCACUGUCGGGAACUAAUUCUCUUUCAGUUCAACCAAGUUCUCAAAAUAGCGGUCCUCCUUCAUUGUCAAGUUUUAGCCAGUUGGGUGCAUCACUUAAUACGGGAUUUGGUGCAAGGCCCUCUAACCCACCUAAUAAUGCUUUUGGCCAGCCAGUUCAAUUUUCAAGCUCCCCUGAAAAUUCGAGUACCUUUGGAGCAACCAAUUUUCCAUCAACAAAUGCUGGUGCAGUUGGAGGUGUAUUUGGUAGCCAAGUUCCUAGCCAAACAUUUGGAAACUCUACCCUAAGUGGUUUCAAUAACAGUGGCAUAACAAAUGCUGGAAGCAAUCUUCUUUCCUCUCCAGCGAUCCCAACAAAGUUCCCCUCAACAGAUGCUGGUGGACAAAUUCUGUCAAAUGCCCAAUUGGUAAAUAAGUUACAGCAGGAAAAUAGUUCUGUGGAUGUCAGCAUUUGGUUGAAAGAGAAAUGGGUUCCUGGAGAGAUACCAGAAGUGGCACCUCCAGAUGCAGUUGUUCAAUAGCCCAUACUUUUGAGGACAACAAUAUAUUAGGUAUUUGUAGUACAUAGGCGAAAUUUAAGUGAAUGAAUUAUGAUCUUCAUCUCACAAACUUCUAAGAGACUGGCGUCUGCUUUUAAAAGAAUGCUAAAUCUUGCAUAUCUAUUGUAAAUUUUUACAUUUUUAUCUUGAAAAGUGUCUUAUCUCAACUUUUGUUUUA